GCUUGCAUCAGAAUAUCCGGGCAACGUCAUCAAUCCUUCCCCGGCACCUUGCACCGCUUGCAGUAGAUAUACCUCAGACUUUAUCUCUCGGUUUAAAGUAGGAUAGCUUUAAACUCCUUAUGGCUGAGAAGACUGUCGUGGAUAAAAUGAGCGAAUUACAAGUGGACGAAGGCAAAAAGGAAGGAACUGGAAGUGGUAAAGAUGGAGGAAAGAAGAAGGGUAAAAAUGCUGCUGAAGACUCUGGAGGCAGGGCUGAGCUGUCACCACAGCCUCAAUACAUUGAGGAACGUCUUACUUUGUACACAAAGCUGAAAGCAGAGCAUGAUGCUCUGAUGGCAGAAAGAGCUGCAAAGGAUAGCAAACCUAUCAAGGUUACUCUGCCUGAUGGAAAGGUUGUUGAGGCGGAGUCCUGGAAGACCACACCGUACAAGGUGGCCUGUGGCAUCAGUCAAGGCCUUGCUGACAACACGGUGAUUGCCAAAGUAAACGAUAGUGUAUGGGACCUGGACAGACCUUUAGAAGAAGACUGCAGCCUUCAGUUGCUCAAGUUUGAUGACGAGGAAGCUCAAGCUGUUUACUGGCACUCCAGUGCUCAUAUCAUGGGUGAAGCAAUGGAAAGGGUGUAUGGGGGCUGCCUCUGCUACGGUCCCCCUAUCGAGAAUGGCUUCUACUAUGACAUGUUCCUAGAAAACAAUGAGGGUGUAUCGAGCAAUGACUUCCCCUGUCUGGAGAGUUUGUGCAAGAAAAUCAUCAAGGAGAAGCAGCCGUUUGAGAGGCUCGAGAUAAAGAAGGAAACUCUCUUGGAAAUGUUCAAGUACAACACGUUUAAGUGCCGCAUUCUGAAUGAGAAAGUCACCACUCCCACUACCACAGUCUACAGAUGUGGUCCCUUAAUUGAUUUAUGCCGGGGACCUCAUGUGAGACACACUGGAAAAAUCAAGGCACUCAAGAUACACAAGAAUUCAUCCACAUACUGGGAGGGAAAGGCGGACAUGGAAACCCUCCAGAGGAUCUAUGGAAUCUCCUUUCCUGACCCCAAAAUGCUUAAAGACUGGGAAAAGUUUCAGGAGGAGGCCAAGAACAGAGAUCACCGCAAACUAGGCCGGGAGCAGGACCUGUUCUUCUUCCAUGACCUGAGUCCAGGGAGCUGCUUUUUCCUGCCUAAGGGAGCCUUCAUCUACAACACCCUGAUUGAGUUCAUCAGAAGUGAGUACAGGAAGAGGGGCUUCCAGGAGGUUGUGACUCCCAAUGUCUACAACAGCAAACUCUGGCAGACAUCUGGGCAUUGGCAGCACUACAGCGAGAACAUGUUCUCCUUCGAGGUGGAAAAGGAGAUCUUCGCUCUCAAGCCCAUGAACUGCCCUGGACACUGUUUGAUGUUUGAUCACCGGCCUCGCUCCUGGAGAGAGCUGCCUUUUCGCAUGGCCGACUUUGGUGUCCUGCACAGGAACGAGCUGUCAGGAGCUCUGACUGGCCUCACCCGUGUCCGCCGCUUCCAGCAGGACGAUGCUCACAUCUUCUGCUCCAUGGACCAGAUUGAGUCCGAGAUCAAGGGAUGCCUGGACUUCCUGCGGACUGUUUAUGAUGUCUUUGGCUUCACUUUUAAACUCAACCUUUCCACGAGACCAGAGAAGUUCCUGGGAGACCCAGAGGUCUGGGACCAAGCAGAGAAGCAACUGGAGAAUAGCUUGAAUGAAUUCGGAGAGAAAUGGGUUCUAAACCCAGGUGACGGAGCUUUCUACGGACCCAAGAUCGACAUUCAGAUCAAGGAUGCCAUUGGUCGAUACCAUCAGUGCGCUACUAUUCAGCUCGAUUUCCAGCUCCCGAUCCGCUUCAACCUCACGUUUGUCAGCCACGAUGGUGACGACAAGAAGAGACCUGUGAUCAUCCACAGAGCAAUCCUGGGAUCAGUAGAGAGGAUGAUCGCUAUUCUCACUGAAAACUACGGGGGCAAAUGGCCUCUGUGGCUCUCUCCUCGUCAAGUGAUGGUUGUACCCGUGGGACCAACCUGUGAAGAGUAUGCUGAGAAAAUCAAGCAGGAAUUCCACAGCAGCGGCCUCAUGACUGACGUGGAUCUCGACCCCAGCUGCACCCUGAACAAAAAGAUCAGAAAUGCACAGUUGGCGCAGUAUAACUUCAUCCUGGUGGUGGGAGAGAAGGAGAAGACGAGCAACACAGUGAACGUACGCACCCGAGACAACAAAGUCCACGGCGAGCACAGUGUGGAGGAGUGCAUCAAGCGCCUCAAACAGCUCAAGACCUCCAGGUGUCGGAACGCCGAAGAGGAAUUCUAAGAAAUCAAAAAACAGUUCCUUGAGUAACAUGGGGGUAAAAGGUUGAAAUAUGUUUUUGAUAGGGAAUAAAACUGCCUUCAAUGUUU